UUCCGCUAUUUCUUCGAUACGAUCGUUGACUCCGUCGUGAUUCCGAUAGAUAGAAAUGGGUGUUUUAGCGUGAUUGAAAAUUGCACUCACGCUAAACGCGCAGAAUGGAAACGAUCGACAAGCUUCAUAUACAGAUGUACAUCAGGGAUUAAUAAUUAGCAGGCUGCGCCUUCCGGCGAAUGUAUCGGGCGAUUCAUGAUUAAUUAAGUAUAAUGCCGAAUUUAUGAGCACUUUCCAAUUAAUCGCGCGGCUGUUUGAGCAACGAGCGUCGCCGCAUCCGUUAUCGAUUCCCGAUUAAUCCCGCGUGAUACCAAACGUCGGACCGCGCUCGCCAUUUUCCAAUUAAUUUUUAAUGCAUCUAACUCGGCGCAUUUUAUAGGCACGCGGCCGUAAUUGCGGCGCUGGUAAUCGGAGCAAUUUCGGCGGAAGUAACGCGAUUAAAUCCCAGAUAGAGCGAUCGCGUCGUCGCGCGAGGUAACCGGCCGAAUUUUAUCGGGCUGCCGAACUGGUCGUGUUGGUCGGCAUUUCUAGUGAUCGUAAUGCCUGAUGAUAAUAAUCCCAAUUUCCGCGGCACAGCCUCCGCAACUUACGUAUGUUUGAGCGAUCAUCGUUCGGUGAUCGUCGUUCUCGUCACUCGUGCGUCGUGGAUCCAGUACAUCGCGGGGCCCAGAAAUUACCCACGCAUGACUGCCGGUGUUUGGCUGAGCACAAUAAUCCUGCCAGUUAACUGAGCGUACAAUGCGCGUAGUUUAAUUAUCUCCGAUGAUCUCAAUGGCGAACAAUGGCGGCCGCCUGUUCCUUUAUGCGCCGCAAACCGCGGCGACCGAAGUUGGCUAGCCGGUGACAUUUCGAUCAAAUCGAUCUCUUUCCUAUUCGAUACUCGCCCCAAAAUUCAACGAUUUGACAAAAGGUGGGAAAGGACAACUUGUUCCUUCCGAUAAUUAAAUUUUUCAUCAUCAAUCAAACUGGCUCUUGGUUUCUUGUUUUGACGGCUUAUGGCGAUUUCAGGAUUAAAACGGGCAAAUCCUGGAGAUCGUACGAUUACGCACGUACGGGAGAUAUUGAUUUUAUUUGGAAAGCUGAGAGCUGAGUUAGCGAGAUCGGCUUACCUCUCCCUCAUUGUCGGUAAUUAACUUGGUUUCCAUUCUUCAAAUCCGGAUAAUGAUGGAUCUAUGAUAGGUACAAUGUAUGACGUGUACGCGCAAAUGCGUCGAUCAUCCCACUCUCUCUCUCUCUUGGUCGCGUCAUUACCGUGGCUUUUUCUCCAAAUUGCCGUUCGUCGUCGCGGUACAGUGCACAUCGAGACGAGACAUACCCACGCUUUGCACUCUCGUGUGUGCGUAUGUGUGUGUAUAUCUUCCUUUCUUCACGCACACGCGACACACCUGUCCCCGGUUCGCAUGUACGCGACUCACCUACGAUGAGACACCUGCCACCACAACGACACGGGGCAAUUUCGCGCCGAGGCGCACCCUCGGCUCUCCAAGAAGGCCCUACGUCGAGGAGGCGACCCUCUUCUUCUCUUGUUCUUCCUUUUCGAGGCUGCCUGCGACCCACCUUCUCGUUUAGUAUCAGGGAACGUCUUGUCGAGCGCGCCGCGCGCUGAGUAAUCGAAUUUCGGACGGCGUUGCGUUGUUCGUCUGUUUAAAAAAGGAAAAAAGGAAGAAAACGGGAAAAGGGAAAUUCACUCGUGCGUUUAAUCGAAUCGAAGGAAAUUUCGGGUGCGAGGAUUCGGCGUCGAUCGUGCCGUCUUCCGCCGAGGAAACUAGUAACAGCAAAUUGUGGAGCAACGGUAGAACAACAUGAAUAUCACAGUACAGUGUAGAUCUUGCACGACGGUACGAGUCGCGUAAUCUCUUUUCCGAAACGUGAAACGUGAUCUGAUGGAACACAACUUCGUAAUGACGUGAGAUGAAAGGAGGCGAGAGGCAGCGAGAGAGCAGAGCCGCAAAGAGCCGUUGACAAUUACGCAAUCUACCGCCUGAAUUUGUCUUUUCAUCAAAUUCGACCAGUGUAAUACGCUCGGCGAUCAAAUGAAUGUUUGAGCGGGCGUAAAAUGGCAACAUCAAUGAGCAUUCAAUCAGGAAAUGCACACAGCCGCAGGGAUGCCUGGCGACGCGGAUGACGCGAUCGUCGACAAUACGCACAUUAUUCGAUGGUACAAUAGUCGCGGAUCGCUGUUUAACGAAUCUCCGCACGGUUGCGUAAUAAGGAAGAAAAGAGCGCGCCGGUGAAUUCGCCGAGACGAAUCGCGCAACGAAAGCUGGAUUCCACAAUUUGAAACGGAUCGAGUCCGGAAGUCCAUAAUCGAAACAGGAACGAGGCGAUCAACGCGGCAAAGUCCGAAUGAGUAAAGCGAAUGUGAACGGAUCGAGCCAAAUAAAGCCAAAGACCAAGAGCUGACGAUUUUCUGCAAAGAUGAGGCUCUUUGACUGUAGCCUGUGCUUGACGACGCUGAACCGGCGGCGCUCGUCGCGACGCCGAAGCUGCGACACGACAGAUCCGCUGGUGAUGACGAAAAGACCGGCUACUCGUCGUCGUCGACGUUAUCGGCGCCCGGAAUCCUCGCAGGGGGUCACCUCAUCGCGAUCCAGCACCCGAUUUCUGAACGUGAUGCGUACUCUCGGCAUGAGAACGAGUAGCACAAAGUUGGAGACACCGAAAUCGAGGAAGCUACUCGCCGACGAGGUCAGAUCGCGACGCGUGGGAAUCCCGGGGACGCUUAAUGGGGUUCACCUGAGGGGAAGGCGGAAGCACUCCGUGGAAACGUCGGUAGGCAACGACACUGGACAGGAAGGAGCCGAUCUUGCCGGAAGAAGAACCGGCGAGCUCGAGCGUGAAUACCACGAGCACCUGGAAGCGCUCAAAUUCCUCAUCGACCCGCCGCCGUGUUUCCGCAACACGGAGACCCAGCAGAACUUUGAGAACAAGCUGAACAGCCUGGAUCUCAGACUGAUGAACACCGUGGCGAUUCCCAAUGAAAUUCCCAUGGCGAACGGGUAUCGAGACGCCUCAAUGAGAGGUCUCAACAGAUUCUGCCGGAGUUGGGGCUCCAUUCGCGAGAACGGUGUCCCGAAAGAUCUCGGAAGAUCCUACGUGGACACUCUGGACCGCACGAUGAUCGAUCUGUUCGCCAGAGCGCCGAUCUUGAAGAGCAGGCAGGGCGAACAGGUGCCCGCGCGUGAGAACAAAACCGUUCGCUUCAAGGAUGAGGUUGAACGCACGGAAACCUGUGUCGGACAAGGAUUGAGACGCGAGGGUGAGGGUUGCGAGGCCGAGGGGGUGGGAACAGAUAAUCGUGUAAAGAUGGAAAUCCUGAAAGAGGGACCGGACGUACGUCGGGAUGUUGUUGGAACACCGCAGGGCAGUUCGAACGUGCCCGAUGUCGAGACGAGGAACGGUAGGUGACGAUUAAAUCUCAUUGGGGCGGCUUAUAGUAUAGGGGAUUUCACGCAGGUGAAGGCAAGCGCGCCCGCAUAAAUAUUCAUAAAAUCCCCCGCUGAAUUUUAUGGAUGAAUAAACGUUAUUUAAAUAAUACAAUCAGCACGCGCGACGAAUGGAAGGUACCGGAAUGCUGAAGAUUCGAGUCGAGAUUUGAUAAGCGAACGCGUAAUUUAAUUACGAGUUUAAAUGAACGCGAGUUCGCAAUAACCGAAGUUCCUCUCGUAUCGAUCGAAUUCGCGCGUCGACUCGCAAUGGUGCGCUUCUUGUCGCUGAAACUUGAUCGCAUUUAUGGGCCACUCUUGUCGGGACAAACGAGCCAGCACCACUCUGAUAAUGAUGCAUUAUCAUUGCAGAAAUGCAUUGCUCGUUUUUGUAUAUUAGAGGAGGUACGAGCGCUAUACCGAUGUAACAUCUGCUAAUAACACCAAGUCAUAAAUUUUAUAACACGCUUCAACUUUUAGCAUAAUGAAAUUCAAUUCAAAGUCGAUUAUAAAAUAUUGUUUUAAAAAUAGAAUACACAGAAGUAUUCAUAUUUAAAUGUUACAGUAACUGCAUUAUUAUGCUCUAUAAGUUUCUAGGGAGCGAUAACGUUAAGUGGCGCAAUAUCGUCAAAGAUAGUAGGACUAUCGAAGAAACUACGAUUACCAUAACAAUUCUUCGUGACGCAGGCUUUUGCGUUUGGCAUCUGUGUGCCGAUAUUACGGCCGAUGGAACGGCUUUCGAUUUACGUCGCGAAGUCCCAGUCGUAGCCUCGAUCGAACAAUGCGCCACCGGAAAUAGCAAUCCCCGUUUGUCGAGCGGGUUUGUUCGAACGGAAAUUGUUCCUUUAUCGCAGCGCGAGCAAGCCACGCACCAGAUAUCUGAAGCAGCCAUUCGCGUAUAUGAAAAAUGUCAUAAAAACCGUUCAUUUUAUCCGCGCUGAUCAAUUGGCAACAGAAAAUAAAACAUCCCGAUUGUAGUAAAAUUUGUUGCUAGCGUGCUGCUACUCUUUACAAUUACUCUCUCGUUUAAACUUGCUUUCGUGAAAUUAUUAUUACAUCCAUCAUUCCUAUUACCAUAUUAAUUACCAUGACCAUUAGUACAUCAAUAUAUAAAAUAUCUCAUAUAAUAUUUAGCUAAUAGGAACAAUGUACAAACCAAAUUUAAAUAAUGCAGAGUAUCAAAUCACAUAUAAUUACAACUAAACACUAUAAAGUAACACAUAAUUAAUCCGCGAAUUAAUUACGACGUAAAAGUCGCGAAAUAAAAUAAAGGUGCAAGGUACAAGGGCGCAUCACGCAUAGAUCCGACGAAUCUACGUGCGUGACGCCGACAAUCGAUUAUGCAACGGACGUAGUCGCCGGGCAAUAAAAUAUGUCACGCUGGCCGAUUGCGCAAGCGACGAGCGAUCGGAUCGAAGGAAAUCCCUUCCUCGCGAGAGGGUUUGGCCGCGCUCGCUCGGCUGGACAACGAGAGGAGGAUGAGAAGGGCGCACAGGGCAGGCCGCGGCAGGACGCAGAUGGAAGACGCGCACCGCGGAAACGUGGGCUUGGCACCUUCGGGGCAUGACGGCGCACCCAUCGCGCCCAUCGCGCGUAUUAACGCGCCCGUGGCGAAUGGCGAAUGAAGGUCUCUCAGUCGACGUUCCCUCUGGCUUUCCCUCGAGGGAAAUUUAUCGAACCAAGAUCACGCUUAGGUUCUAUUAGAUCAAAUAUAGAAACAGAUCAAUUCAUUUGAGUGGAAAUAUCAUUAUUUGUCCUUAUCGGCCGUUGCGGUCUUCAAGAGGGUUGAUGAGAUCUCUUGGAAAAUUACGGAAUUAUGUAAUGUGUCUGUGACCACCCAUAGGAUUCUAUUUCCCUUCGUUACGUUCGCAUUAACCGGCCCAGCCCUGUCUCGUUUAGCUUCUUCGAUCGUAUUACGCAAUUAAUGUGAUAUAUAUUUUAUCGCGCGGAGAGAACUCGCGUUGCGUAACUGCAAGGUUACACCGCUGGCGAGCAACGGGGAUCUGCGACCAUCGUCGGACGAUUUUUCUGCGACUACCAUGAAGCUUCUAUUCCAUCAAAUUCCUUAUUCCAGUCUCGACUCCCUCGGCAAGUUAGCUUACGAGGAUCGCCGAAUUAAGCACAUCAAUCUGCUGAUAAAAGCACGUGACCGUUUUGGGAAAAGAAUAUACCGUCACUUUCGGAUCUCCGGAUGCGACAUGCGGGCGUGUGUGCGUGCUCCGUGACGCAACGAGAAGUGUGGAAAAUAGAUGGGUGUGCGCGCUCGUUCGCGCGACACUCGCUUCGCUGGCAUUGUGUGUUCGGAAGGAAGUCCAACUCGGAAGCGGCACUAUUCAUGAAUUCCGAGGGGAUUCCAGAGGGGUCUUGUAUGUCGCUGCACGCGUGUGCGCGCGUACAUGACCCUGUGCGGCGGGAUUUUUGUGUCAGUGUGUCUCGCACAACUUUGCACACACACGCGCGCGAACGCGCUACCGGUCAUAAAUAUCCAGUCGCUCUUUCCAAAA